AUGAAAUUCUUAGUGGAAGAACGAAUAUAUCCUUUACGUAAUAAUAAUAAUAAUAAUCAAGAACAAAAUGACUUUAUUAAUAAAAAUCAAUCAUCAGAUGAUAAAGAUCCUUCAUCAUCAAUUGAAGCUUUACAAAAUGUUCUUGCAAAUAAAUUUUAUCCUAAUCAUAAUUCAACUAAAUUUUUAAAAAAUUAUAUUAAUUCUUCAAUUAAUGAAAAACAAUUUAAUCAUAUUUGUUCUUCAUUAUCAAAGAGAAUCGAAACAUAUUCUCUUUCAAAUCAUUCAACAAUGGCUAUAACAGCAACAACAAAUUUUUCAGAAGAACAAACAAAUACUAUUGAAUAUGAUAAUACUUAUUUGUCUUCUGAAGAAAUAACUCGAUUAGAUGAUAUAUCAUCUCUUACAACAAUUACAUCGAAUUUAUCAAAAGAAUUUAGUUUUGAACAAAAUACAAGUGUUUAUUUAGAUACAACUAUUUGUAGUUCAGAUAUCGAUGAAAUUUCAGAAGAAAUGACAUCGGAUAUCAAACAAUAUAAUUAUAAUAAUAUGAAUUUUGAUUUACAAAAUCAAACUCCAGCUAAUAAUAGUUUUACUGGUGUAGCUCAUGCAGUGAAAUAUACAAUUAUAAAAGAAAAUAAUGAACAAACUCUAUCCGAUUAUGACAAUGUUAGUCAUCGUUUUAAAUAUAAUAGUAAGAUAAGGUCACAUGCAGACAUUGUCUCGGUAAAUUCAUCGAUGACAUCGACUGUACAAUAUAAUCAUUGUCCUAUGAUGUUAUACGGUGAACAACUAAAUAAACAAGAAAAAACAAACACAAAUGAAGAUCAUGAUUAUAUUAUAGUAGAUCAACAAAAUCCAAUUGUUCAGUUAACAAUGAUGAAUUAUGAAAAAGAAAUCGAACUGGAAGAGGAGGAAGAAGAUUAUGAUGGUCAUGGCGAUCAAGAAGAAUACCACCACGAAAUAGAAUCAAGAAGAUUAUUUGAUAAUGAACAACAUAAUGGAUAUAAUUCAGACCAAUUACAAUAUUCAGAUGAUAUAAGAAAUUAA